CUCUCUGGAGUUACUCUACAUUCACCGGUCAGCAUGUCGUUCAGUGGGAAAUAUCAGCUGGAGAGUCAGGAGGGAUUCGUGGAGUUCAUGAAGGCCGUCGGUCUUCCUGAUGAUUUGAUUGAGAAAGGCAAAGACAUCAAGAGCGUGACUGAGAUCGAGGAGAACGGAGAUCAGUUCAAAGUGAUCGUCACCACCGGAGCCAAAGUCAUGAUCAACAGCUUCACCAUCGGACAGGAGGCAGAGAUCGAAACCCUGACCGGAGAGAAAAUCAAGGCUGUCGUGAAUAAAGAGGGAAACAAGCUAAAGACCGUCCUGAACAAAGUCACGUCCGUCACGGAGCUGGUGGAUGGAAACACGCUGGUCAAUACUCUGACUCUUGGCAGCCUUGUCUACAAGAGGAUCAGCAAACGCCUGGCCUAAAAAGAGACCACACUCACAUGACUUGACAAAAAGAAUAACAUAAAGGGAUAGUUUUAUUAAAGAUU